GUUAACCCUCACCGAAUAAGUUACGCUAGAUAGCUAGAACAACAAGAGUUGCCAAUUCCAGUGUCAAUGUAAGAUCAAGAUUUCUAACAUAUUCUUUAAUUUUUCCUUAGGUUAACAUUAGUAGUGGGAUUAUUUGUCCACGUCCACCAGAUCGUGUGUAAACAAUAUCCAUUUGAGCUAACGUUAGUUAGCUUUCUUACUAAGUUACUCAUUAAAACGGCUAGCCAAGCUAACUAGCUAUCUGUCAUACCGAGAAACCAUCCAUGUCUGAACCCAAGUCCCUGGGUUCUUACUGUGGCUUUCCAGCACAGAGAAGCUCACAGUGGGGUCCAGAGAUGGUCUUAGUGAAGCUGGAGGACUGUAGUCAAGCACUGGAACUCAAUGUGAUAGUCAAAGAGGAAGAGGAGGGGAGGGAAGUCAAAGAAGAGGUAGAGAUUAAAGAGGAGGAGGAGGCGGAGGAGAUGGCCCUCAAAUUGGAGGAGAUGGCCCUCAAAGAGGAGGAGGCGGCGGAGGAGAUGGGCCUCAAAUUGGAGGAGGAGGCGGAGGAGAUGGCCCUCAAAUUGGAGGAGGAGGCGGAGGAGAUGGCCCUCAAAGAGGAGGAGGCGGCGGAGGAGAUGGGCCUCAAAUUGGAGGAGAUGGCCCUCAAAGAGGAGGAGGCGGCGGAGGAGAUGGGCCUCAAAUUGGAGGAGAUGGCCCUCAAAGAGGAGGAGGCGGCGGAGGAGAUGGGCCUCAAAUUGGAGGAGAUGGCCCUCAAAGAGGAGGAGGCGGCGGAGGAGAUGGGCCUCAAAUUGGAGGAGGAAUGGAGGAGAUGGCCCUCAAAGAGGAGGAGGCGGCGGAGGAGAUGGGCCUCAAAUUGGAGGAGGAAAUGGAGGAGAUGGCCCUCAAAGAGGAGGAGGCGGCGGAGGAGAUGGGCCUCAAAUUGGAGGAGGAAAUGGAGGAGAUGCCCCUCAAAGAGGAGGAGGCGGCGGAGGAGAUGGGCCUCAAAUUGGAGGAGAUGGCCCUCAAAGAGGAGGAGGCGGCGGAGGAGAUGGGCCUCAAAUUGGAGGAGAUGGCCCUCAAAGAGGAGGAGGCGGCGGAGGAGAUGGGCCUCAAAUUGGAGGAGGAAAUGGAGGAGAUGGCCCUCAAAGAGGAGGAGGCGGCGGAGGAGAUGGGCCUCAAAUUGGAGGAGGAAAUGGAGGAGAUGGCCCUCAAAGAGGAGGAGGCGGCGGAGGAGAUGGGCCUCAAAUUGGAGGAGGAAAUGGAGGAGAUGGCCCUCAAAGAGGAGGAGGCGGCGGAGGAGAUGGGCCUCAAAUUGGAGGAGGAAAUGGAGAAGAUGGCCCUCAAAUUGGAGGAGGCGGAGGACGAGAUGGCCCUCAAAUUGGAGGAGAUGGCCCUCAAAUUGGAGGAGGCGGAGGACGAGAUGGCCCUCAAAUUGGAGGAGAUGGCCCUCAAAGAGGAGGAGGCGGCGGAGGAGAUGGGCCUAAAAUUGGAGGAGGAAAUGGAGAAGAUGGCCCUCAUAUUGGAGGAGGCGGCGGAGGAGAUGGGCCUCAAAUUGGAGGAGAUGGCCCUCAAAUUGGAGGAGGAGGCGGAGGAGAUGGCCCUCAAAUUGGAGGAGGAGGUGGAGGAGAUGGCCCUCAAAUUGGAGGAGUGAUACAUUUGUAUCAACAUGCCCACAAGAUCAGACGGAGGAUGUCAAUGGCAAAAAGAGGCUCAGGGAAAUCAAUGAUAACAAAUAAUAUAUUGGAAGUUAUUUUCAUGAAAUAAACAGUGAUGUAUUAGACAUACAGUGAUUUAACCAUUCUGCCAUCACACUGGCCACCAAUGCUCCUUAUAGGACACAUCACUGCACUCUAUACUACUCUGCAAACUGGUCAUCUCUGUAUACCUGUCGCAUGAUGCACUGGUUGAUGCUUCUUUAGAAAACCCUCUUUUGCCUCACUCCUCCUUAUCUGAGAUACCUACUGCAGCCCUCAUCCUCCACAUACAACACCCGUUCUGCUAGUCACAUUCUAUUAAAGGUCCCCAAAGCACACUCCUCUUGUCAGUUCGCUGCAGCUAGCGACUGGAAUGAGCUGCAAAAAAACCCCUCAAACUGGACUGUUUUAUCUCCAUUUCUUCAUUCAAACACUCGGUCAUGGGCACUCUUACUGACAGUUGUGGCUGCUUCGCGUGAUGUGUUGUUGUCUCUACCUUCUUGCCCUUUGUGCUGUUGUCUGUGCCCAAUAAUGUUUGUACCAUGUUUUGUGCUGCUGCCUUGUUGUGUUGCUACCAUGUUGUCAUGUUGUAUUGCUACCAUGCUGUGUUUUCAUGUGUCGCUGCCAUGCUAUGUUGUUGUCUUAGGUCUCUCUUUAUGUAGUGUCUUGAUGUGUAUUUUGUUCUAUGUUUUUUUAUAUCCCAGCCCCUAUCCCCACAGGAGGCCUUUUACCUUCUGGUAGACUGUCAUUGUAAAUAAGAACUUGCUCU